CGGAGGGAGUCACGUGGGGGGGGGGGGGUCAGGAAAACCGGGUGAUUCGAAUGGACGGCUAUAGCACGUCACGGCGGGAGAAGCUGCGGGGGAUUCUGGGGAAUGGUCCAGGCAGUGACUGCAGCCUGUGCUCGCGGUGCUUCAUGGGAAACCUCUCUUAUUGAAUAGGCACCAACAUAGUCCGCAGCGCAGGAGGCCCCUGGCUGAAUGAUUUAUAGAUUUAACGAUUCCUGGGAAAUAAUAACCGGAGUCCGCGCGCUCUGAGCGCCCCUUAAAGUACGGUAAGCGGAGCCAUGGCACAAUCUGCCCGCCUCUUACCCCAAAUUCCCACCUUUAUUAAAUGACGUCAGCCGCCGCCAUAUUAUUAUUAUUAUUAUUAUAUAGCGCCGUCAGAGUCCGUAGCGCUGUACUAUACUAUCUCCGCUAUAUUAUUAUUAUUUAUAUAGCACCGUCAGAGUCCGUAGCGCUGUACUAUACGAUGUCCGCUAUAUUAUUUAUUAUUUUAUUAUUAUUUAUAUAGCGCCGUCAGAUUCCGUAGCGCUGUACUAUACAAUCUGUGAACGCUUUCAUUUUUCCUCCUUUGCAGAAGUUGCACGAUUGGCCGAAGUAACACGAGGCGUUCGGCGCAAACAUGGAGGAGGCGCAGGAUCUAUUUCGAGAAGGUAACGAACGCGUAGAGACACACAUCUCUAUAUUUAGCUUUGUUCAGAUCGGUCAGAUCUCUUCGAUCAUUCCCUGUCAGUCUGACAAGCUUAUGGUGCCCAUUGCUCUGGACGCUAGAGUGAAAUAGGUUUUUCUUCCACCUGUCAAUCAGAUCUUCAGCUUCGAUUCUAUGCCGAAGAAUUGAUUGACAGGUAGAGCAGUGGGGACUUCUCUUCUGCUCUUGAGACAUAGCAACCACAGCACUCACUUCAUUCAGAUGCAAAAUAAGUGAGGAGGUUGGGAGGACCCACCUCUCUAAGGAGAUUGUCGGGGAAAAGGAAAGCUCCGGUAAGGCAUGACAAGCUACCUUUAAAGCAUCCAUAUUUUAAUGCAUCGUAUAGAUAAUUAAAGGGUUACUCCAACCACCAUGACCGCUUCAUUGAUGUGAAGUUGUCAUGGUGGUAGGUGUCCGUAUGGACAGUGUUUCUUAGCUAGUUUCCCCCCCUCCCACCGCACACGUGAUAUUGACAGCCCAGAAUUCUGUGCAUUAAAAAGAUAAAUCUGUCAUCAGCGCGUACUGCACUCUGUCAAAUGACAGAAAUCUUCUCCUUUGCAAGUGGGGCACCUGCAGGGGGGAGAUUGUGUCCCCCUUGCCUUGUUGCCACUAGUAUUUUUUUUCAGCCAAGGGUGCGUGCAUGCUCUAUGAGCCGGCAAAAUGGACCAAUAGUCUGGAGGGGGGGCAGAAGUCAGCGCUGAGACUUUUACCCGGCACUGGAUUCCAGCUGGGUAAAACUCUUCAUUUUGCAGCUUAACUGCAAAUAUUUAGGGGGAAGUGGGAACCUUUCCAUAGUUUCAAUUAGGGCAUUUUACCGAGGAAAAAACUCCUCCCCCUCACCCCCCAAGGGGUUGCGUACAAUUAUUUGACAUCCCAGAUAAUAAGAUGCAAAAUGAAAAUAAUGUAGUGACUUAAAGCAAAAUAAAACACAGAAAAGUACUACAGCAACCGUGUAUGAUCCUUCCAUAUACACCAAUACACAACAAACAAAAAAGUGUAGCACAUAAAGUUAAUAUUUAUAUAAAUAUAGGGUGAAUCCUAUAUAGGGAAGAAAUGACACAACAUAGUGCAAAAUAGUUUGUAUACAAUGUAUGGAUACGCGACAAAUGGCCACUCACAAUGAUAUGUAGUAAAUAAACCCAGUCUGGAGAUCAGGAAGGUUGGUCCCUCCAGAUGGUAAAUGACAGUAAUAGAGAACCCAGUUAGCAGGCAGUAUAAACUGAUAGUAUAAAAAAAGAUUUAUUCACUCACAUGAGUUAGCAAAAUUCCAGCAUAAAAAGGUCAUCCUACGCGUUUCAUCCCGUAGUAGGGACUUCCUCAGGGACAAUCAAUUACAAGUUGCAACUAUUAUUGUCAUAUACCAUCUGGAGGGACCACCCUUCCUGAUCUCCAGACUGGGUUACAGCUGCAUUAAUACUGAAGGCAUUUUUACUACAUAUCCCUGUGAGUGGCCAUUUGUCGCAUAUCCAUGUCAUUACUUCCCUAUAUAGGAUUCACCAUAUAUAUAUAUAUAUAUAUAUUGUAUUACGAAGAUUACUGUGAGGAAAAUCUUCGGGUUUAUAGCCAAAAAGGGAAGUGUAUUUCUAAAUUUUGAGCACUAUCUUUAGGUGUGAAAGUCACUAUUAUAUUGAAUUAGAUAAAGUUAAUGUUUACCUAUAGCUCAUAUGUCAAAUAAAUUGUGGUAAUCAAAUGUCCACAUUUACGUGGAAAAACAGCAAACACAAAUAGAGUAAUAUUGUUUUAACCUUAAUCCAUGAAUUAAAAAAAACAAAUUGCGCACUGACAAUAAGAGCCAAAUAUUCCUGGUUCCAAGAAUUAAGGCGGUCCACUUUUUUCUUUGUUGAAGAUAUAAAAAUAUAAGACUUGCAAACCUUCGUCUUUCAUUUUUUUUUUAAACCUUUUUUAUGUCUUUUAACAAGAUUUUUUAACAUUCACUUUCAAUAAACUGGUGAAAUAAUAGUGUUUGAAGUAUUGUGACUACAGCAGAGUUAAGAUGUUUUUAUUUAUUUUAUUUUUUUUGUCAUUUUGUUCUAAGGUGUGAUGUCCCACUUGGAAGAAUUGGAGACACUGUCCCAUAAUUUAGCUAUGAGACAAGAACAAAAAAGAUCUGACCUUUACAAAAUGGAGAGCAUGAAGGAGGUGGCUGUCAAGCUGAGGAAAGAGAGGGAAGAUCUCCGGGCUAAACUGAGUCUGCAGGAAGCAGAGGUAAGAUAUGGUGCCCGAGUUUGGGAGAAAGGGCUUCACAUUAUCAGACUGUAUGGGAGAGGCAGCUCACACAGGUACCAGAUUCACAUCACUCAUGCCCAAUAUCUGCCUGUAUGGGAGAGGCAGCUCACACAGGUAACAGAUGCACAUCACUCAUGCCCAAUAUCUGCCUGUAUGGGAGAGGCAGCUCACACAGGUACCAGAUUCACAUCACUCAUGCCCAAUACCUGCCUGUAUGGGAGAGGCAGCUCACACAAGUUCCAGAUGCACAUCACUCAUGCCCAAUAUCUGCCUGUAUGGGAGAGGCAGCUCACACAGGUACCAGAUUCACAUCACUCAUGCCCAAUACCUGCCUGUAUGGGAGAGGCAGCUCACACAAGUUCCAGAUGCACAUCACUCCUGCCCAAUACCUGCCUGUAUGGGAGAGGCAGCUCACACAGGUUCCAGAUGCACAUCACUCAUGCCCAAUACCUGCCUGUAUGGGAGAGGCAGCUCACACAAGUUCCAGAUGCACAUUACUCAUGCCUAGUACCUGCCUGUAUGGUCCCAUUAAUAACUUACUGAGCAAUGUGAUUUUGUUCCUAUCUUCACAGUCUCGUUAUGAAAGACAUCAUUUCAACCCAUACAGCCUGGAGGGCCCUAUAAAUGUUUGUUUUGUCAACUAACAAUUUUAGUCGACUAAAAUGUUUGAGAUUAAGUCAAUUAAAACUAUUCAGAUGACCAAAAUACGACUAAAACUAAAAUGGCUUUUUAGUCCAAAGACUAUGACGAAAACUGAAUUGAAAUUUGCCACCAAAAUGAACACUGCACGGGGGUCUGUGAUAAGAGCAAAAGAGACAGAACAGGGCUUGGGAGAGAGACACAUAGAGAGGCUGAUAUGGCACAAAGAGACACAGAGGGGCUAGAGAAAGGGCAAGUGAGACAGACCAAGGCUUGUGAGAGAGACACCUAAGGGGGCUUGGAGGGCACAAAGAGACACAUAGGCGCUGAAGAAAGGGCAAGAGAGACAAACCAGGACUUGGGACAGAGACACCUAGAGGGGCUGAAAGGACACAAAGAGACAUAGAUGGGAUGGAGAAGGGGAAAAAGAGACACAGGCUUUAACUAAACCCAUUUUUAGUUGUGUUGACUAAAAUCUACUGGAGAUUUAGUCGACUAAAAUUGAAACAAUUUAGAUGACUAAAAUCUGAUUUAUUUAUUUUUUUAGUCAAAAGACUAUGACUAAAACUAAAUUUAAGUUUGCCACCAAAAUUAACACUGGUCCCUAUCUGCUUGGAACAUUCAGUUUCACUAUAGGAUUUUUAAAGAGCAGCUUGUAAUCUCAUUGUUGGUUCAUCAGCUGAUAAACACAUUGGUUUCAAACUAGCAUUGUGCAAACCUAACUCCUCCAGGUGUUGAAGGGGCUGUAACCAGUAAAUGGAUGUAACAUUAUCAGCUGAGUUCUGUAAUAUUCCAGAGAAUCUGCUCUUCACUGUUUGUUUAUAGGAGAUGGAGUUGAGUCAUAGUAAUCUGUUCCUAGUGUAAUGAUGCACUCAUGCUGUACUGCCCACGGGUAGUUUUGUGAUGUUUCCCGGAUGCAGCACCGGACCCACAAAGCAGGAAGGCCUGGUACAUUCUAAUUAAAAAACUUGUGUGUGUGAGACCUGGGGUUUCUGGGAAAGGGUAACGUACAGGUUGUAAAACAAGGUUAAAUAACGGAAAGCAGGAAUAAAUGCUGAAUCGAAACUUCACUAGUAACUGGCGUGACACGAAUCGCAAUGACAAUAUAUACAUUCUGUGCAGAUUCAAGCAUUCACCAUUCAGAAGACACCCAUACUUGAUCUCCGGCAGACAUCGGAAAGCACCCAAGAUCCUAUCCGAGAGAGGGAGCUGGAGGAAUUAAAGGAGAUCCUGGGAGCUUACUGGUUAACGGGUAAGCCUUUACUCUCAGGACUGUCAUACCAUCAUUUAAAUGGGAACCUUCCAGUGGAAAUGACAGCACUGGAUGCUCCUUUUUAUAUUUAAUUAUAGAUUUAGGAACUAAGUUCACAAUGCAGCCUCUGCACAGCCACCUUGCAAAUGAGAAUGCUGAAGAAACACGGUUUAAUUUUUCUCUCCUCCAUGUGCCUUCUCUACAGUGUCUGACAGGGAGUGAAGAUUGGAGCAUCUAGGCAGGAUAAGGAGCUGUUAAUGUCAUACAUGGUUUUAAUAAAUUAAAGUUUGGCACUGCAAUGCUAUUGUUAGGCGUCGUCGUUCUGCUACUCAUUGUCUUUUCCCAUCCUUGAGAUGGUAAUAGGAGCUGGGAAGACAGACAUUUUUCCCUUCGUUGUCAGCAAAUUAGUACAAGUGCACCUGUCAUGCCUAACACAAUCUGUUUCUCUAUAAAGAUCAUCAAAUUCCAUCUAUGCAGUUUACUGGCCAGAUUGCUACCCAACAUACACUAAUCAACAUUAGAAUUCGCUGCAUCUGACAGUCAUGGACUCUUUGUCUGUGCCAUUGUCAUGCUGUCAGCGAUAACGACUAAAUCUUUUGUGUCUGCAUGAACCCACCUCGCUCCCAGGUGUUGCACAAUCCUCAUUCUGGGGCACCGUGCAAAGUGAAAUCUAGGAAAAUAUCUUUAAUUUAUGCAUAUCAGAUUCAACUUUGUCACUGUAUCAUGUACAUUCAAGGGCAAUGAAGCACAGUUGGCCUCUGAUAUGCUGGAGAUUUAGCCACGACAAUUGCAUCCUGUCGAUUUGUGGCUGAAGGGUUCCCUCGGAUGGUUAGAUUCUAUUAUAAGAAUGGUAUAUAUCUGGUAAGUCAACAACAAUUUAUCCAUAUAUGUCCAGUAACCCUAGUUACAUGUAUCUCUUGUAAGUAGCUGCUGAGGAUUAUUACAGUUUAGUUUGACAUGGUGCCACCUAGUGGUGCAUCAGAGAUGCGGCUAGGCUUAGAAUUUUCCAUAUCCUAAAUGGGAAGCCCCCUCCAUUGCUACUGGCUUAUAUCAUUAUAGUGCAUUCAAUAAACAAGUCUGAUUUUUAUAUUUUUUGUCACAUCUGGUUUUUGGGGCCAUGUCCUUCAUGGAUCCAGUAAAGUGUACAACAUGUCCCAAAACAUUGUGUUAAAGUGUCUGAGUUAUCAGAAAAUAUACGUUAUCUUAUGAGUUAUUUAUCCCCUUUCCUUCAUAAUUGUCUCUGUUCGAAAUUUAAAAAAAAAAAUGUUUAAUAAAAAUUAUUUGAAAAAACUGCCUAGAGCUUGUGCAGGUAUCAGAAGGAAAGCGAAUGUCUUAUUGUUUUUAUUUUUUAUUAUUGUAAUAUAUUUUUUGUGUUGAAUGUCUCAAUAUAUGUUUGUGUUUGUUGAUGUUUUUCAGGAAAAGCCUGUUUCUUUCCAUACUCCCCUUUUUGAACCACCAUAUUUGUGCACCUUGGAAAAGAUUGUUGGUUAUAUGACCUACUUCCUACUAUCGUCCAUUGCUUUUAUAAGUUGAUUGCUAUUUGUGGCUGCAGUAUUACCUCUCGGGUAUUCCUGCCAACUAUGAGUCAGACAGAAAGUACGCUCGAUUCUGAAAAGCAGCAGACCGUUGCAAAAUAGUGAGCAUUGGGUCAGAUAAAUGUCAAGCUGGCAAAAGGUGCCUUAUGAUGGCUGCUCAGAAAAGGCACGUGCAACGUAGUAAUCCACAAAGUCAAAGCACAUGUAUUAAAAUGCAUGUACAGCGAUUUAUAUUAAGAUAUUUAAAACAGGAUUAUUAUUAUUAUUAUUAUUAAAGUGUAUAAGGUUUAUAAAUAAGCUGUGGUUUUAUCACAGUCAUUCAUCAUCAGGCAGGUUAGACAAUCAUUUCACUGCACAUUCAGACUCCUACCACCACAGCCACUUGAAAAAGCAGAAGUGAUCAUGGUGGUUGGAGUAAUCCUUUAACUAAUGUUAGGUUCACAUGCUCUUAGUAGUGAAUUGUCCGGAUAUACAAUGACCCAACACAAAGUGUUUAACCCGUUAAGGACACAUGACAGAAAUAUUCCGUCAUGAUUCCCUUUUAUUCCAGAAGUUGUGUCCUUAAGGGGUUAAGUUAAUAUGUAAACUGCUUAGAAAUACACUUCUUACCUUAGAGUGAUAAGUGAUGUAAAUAAAGAAUUGUCAGAGACAAGCCAUGGUCACCCAUACAGAUAGACAUUAAUGAGUAGACAAGUCAAUAGAUCAUGGAUACCAGAAAUAAGAAUAAGUCAAGAUCAAGCCAAAAUGCGAAUAGAAAUCCAAGAUGAACACUCUCUGAUUACCAGUAAAUGGAAACCAUGACAGGGCGCACCUGGUGACACCAAAACGUGCGUGCACGGCGAUGACACACACCUGUUAAAAUGACUUUCUAAGAACCAUAGACAGUUUGGUGCUAUUCCCCCCAGUUUGAGUCAAACUGUUUUUUGAGUUGUUUGACAAAAACGAAGCCUCUCCUGGCAGUCACAGCCCUUUCCGACUGCUGUGACCUUAACCUUUGCAGAUGUGAACGUCUACAUUCGCUCAUUCAACUUUAGAAGGCAUUACAAGAUUGAGAACACUGGUUUGCUGAUUGAAUUGCACCUUUAAAAAUGGACCGUGAAUUGAGUAUGAUCGUUAAACACGUAUUAGAACCCCUCUUUUCUAGAAGUAAGCUUACCCUGCAUGUUGCACUCUUUUUCUUUCUGCUUUUUAGGUAUCAGCGGCAAAUUGACCAAGAUGGGAGCUUGUAUUUGUAUAAGCACGGCCUUUGAAGGGAAAUACCUAGAUUCCUAUUACCUGGAUUUGGUUUUACAAAAGAAUGUGAGGAUUGAGCGCCAUUCUGUUCCUGCUUUUAUUCCUCUAGAUCAGAUUGCGCAGACACAUUUAAACAAAGGAGACCUUAAAAAAUUUCUCUUCGUCAUAUUUGAACAUUUGAAUGCCUACUCUGGGAGGAAGUACCAGGCUGAUCAGCUGCAGGUAGUCCAUUAAUAAAUGUCUUUAUAAAAUAUUUCAGUACUUCUUAAUCCCUAUUUCCAGGAAUCAUUUGAUCGUUAAAAUUUUCAAAAGUAAGCUACAAAUCUAGAUUAUUUUGGAAGCGACAUAAAAUAUGAUUAAAAACUAUAAAAAGUAAUAAAUCUCUAAAAUAUCAACUGCGGCCAAAAGACUUUGAGCACUGUUUAUUUCAUUUUGUUUUUCCCCCCAAAAAGUAAAUUCAAAACUAAAGGUGUCACUUAAAGGUUUUGCUUGAUUUUUAGCACUAGAAAUUUAAAAAAAACUUAAAUUCAGGAUUCAUCCCCUUACAAUUCAUUCCUUUAUGCCAGUUUGCCAUGCCCUCAGGUCUCCCAUGCCCUUAGGUCCCCUCAAUGCCAGUCUCCUAUUCCCUCAGGUCCCCUCAAUGCCAGUCUGGCAUAUCGUCCAUUUUAUAGGGUGCAGUGAAUUCUUUGUUUUAUUUUUAUUUUUUUAUAAUGGGAUGUUAUCACCUAAAGACAUCCAUAUAAGCAGUAGGUUUAUGGAAGUAUAUUUUUUCACACCCACUUUUGCUUCUCACAAUUUGACGUGUGUGUGUGUGUGUGUUCACUAAUGUUUCUGCAUUUGCACAUCAUUUCAGUUGAUCACUAAUAACUAAUAAAAUGUGAUUUAUUUACUCAUCAGCCAAUCAACUUGUUUGGUUUUCGUUUCCAGGCUCUACCAAAGAUAGUCAUCCCUGGUACUGUGCAUAAGGACUCUCUUUGCACUCUGCUUACGUUCGAAUAUAAUAUGCAGGUGGAAGGAACCAGUGUUUGUUUUUGCGCUAAAUUACUUUACGGGGAUCUCAUGCGAAUCCUGCCCACUGAAGUUAAAAUCACUUACAAAGGUAUCUUCCUCUUAUCCGAGAUUAUUUGUUCCUUUUUCGUUUUGUACUUUCAUCCUAUAAACCGUUCUUUCAGAUAUCAAACCAUUUCUGGCUAACAUAUAUAACCAAGCACCGCUUUUAUACAGCACCAUGACAUAUUUUUGCAAUUCUACAUUAUAUAGAUAGCACAGAGAUCCUGUUCUGAAGGAUGCCUGCAAAUAGUAUUGUCACAUGGGCCAUACAAUAUUGGCAUUCAGAGGCUUAAAGGGACACUAUGAACACUAACACAACUUUAGCAUAAUGAGGCAGAUUUGGUGUAUGUCAUGUCACUGCUAUCUCACUGCAAAAUUCUCUGCCAUUAAGCAGUUAAAUCCCAUUGCUUAUUCAGCCAUCGUCACAUGUCCCCUAGCUGAGACUCACACAGCCUCCCUACACACUUCCAGUAAAGAGGUGUAUAUUUUUUGUUGAUUUUUUUUUUUACAUCAGAAAAUGUUAUUUGUUGCUUCAUAUUUUGUAAACAUCAUGGUUAAAAAAUAUUAAAUACCAAAUCAUCAUUUGUUUUUUUUUUUUGUUUUUUUUUUUUUUCGUGUAUAUAUACACCUUUCUCUUCAUUUUAAUUAUCUAAUCUUUCGUCAAAUGUAUUUAACAAUUACAAACAAAUAACGAACUAACCUAGACAAACGUUUGCUUGAUCGCAGAGGUCCAGAGCCAUAGAUAAAUAUGGAUAAGGGAUUCGAGGCAGGGGGUAUCCACAUACCUUCUUAGUUUAAAAGGGAAUUGAUUGAUUGAGAGUAAAUGCAGAAAUUUCACUGUCCAGGGUCUAGUUUUUUAUCCAUCUAUCCCAAAAACUAUAUUGAUGGCCCUUCAUUAGGGAAUAGUUAGUAAUAGCAUGCUCCAUUUUACAAUGUAUAAUACUUUGAGAGUGGAUCUUAGGCCAGCUAUCCACCCUAGAAGACUUCCAGUUUUGGCUAUUGAGGUUUGAACAGUAUAUGUGUGUGUGUAUGUAUAUUUUUCCAGUACUGCUGUGGAAAAUCCAGGUGCUCUUGUGCAAACUGUAAACGUGCAGCAAUGUUUUGUUUGGACAGCAGUGGCUUCCUCUGUGGUAUCCUCCCAUGAAAUCCAUUCUUGUUUAGUGUUUUAUGUAUUGUAGAUUCACUAACAGGGAUGUUAGCAUUUGCCAGUGACUUUUGUAAGUCUUUAGCUGACACUCUAGGAUUCUUCUUCACCUCAUUGAGCAGUCUGCGCUGUGCUCUUGCAGUCAUCUUUACAGGACGGCCACUCCUAGGGAGAGUAGCAGCAGUGCUGAACUUUCUCCAUUUAUAGACAAUUUGUCUUACCGUGGACUGAUGAACAGCAAGGCUUUUGGAGAUACUUUUAUAACCCUUUCCAGCUUUAUGCAAGUCAACAAUUCUUAAUCGUAGGUCUUCUGAGAGCUCUUUUGUGCGAGGCAUCAUUCACAUCAGGCAAUGCUUCUUGUGAAAAGCAAACCCAGAACUGGUGUGUGUUUUUUAUAGGGCAGGGCAGCUGUAACCAACACCUCCAAUCUCAUCUCAUUGAUUGGACUCCAGUUGGCUGACAUCUCACUCCAAUUAGCUCUUGGAGAUGUCAUUAGUCUAGGGGUUCACAUACUUUUUCCACCCGCACUGUGAAUGUUUACAUGGUGUGUUCAAUAAAAACAUAACACACAAAGAAUAAAAUGUUGCUAUUAGUUUAAGCAGACUGUGAUUGUCUAUUGUUGUGACUUAGAUGAUGAUCAGAUCACAUUUUAUGACCAAUUUGUGCAGAAAUCCAUAUCAUUCCAAAGGGUUCACAUACUUUUUCUUGCAACUGUAAGUUGAUAGAUAAUGAUUUGUCAUCUCCCAAAGAGGUCUGAUUAUUGGGCAGUCCCAGCAAAUAUGUUUAAACUCUGCAAUUGGCUCAGUGCAUCUCCAACAGUUGGAGGAGGCUACAGGAUACAUAUUUACUAUUUUUUGUGGGGGUUCUGUACCAUCUGUUUAGUAUCUUGUAAUGCGUUUUAUGUAUAUUAAAACAGUGGCAGGUUUUAUAUAAUGGCUUAAGAGAGUUAUUCCAUUCUUUCAUAGUUAUAUCUAUUUUCAAAUCACAAUUCCAUUUAGCAAUUGCCGGGGGAACUGAUUUAAUCUGAGCCUUGUAAAUUCAUUUUUGACAUUUGUUGACUAAAUGGGGCUAACCUGUUUGUUCAAACAUUUCUGAGAGCAACUUAACUGGUGGUUUGAUAGAAUGAAAUCUCAGAUAUUUAUUACCCUUAUAUAAUGAAACCAUUCGGUAGAAGAUAUACUAUAUCCAGUUUGAAGUCGUUCGAAAGGUUUUCGUGUGUUUCCUCUGGAGAUCUUUUCCAUACCCUUAUGGGUCCAUAGUUCCGGGUUUAUGUCUAUCAUUAAAUUUGAUAGUAUAUUUAAAUUUAUACCGUGAAUGAAUUUCAUUUUUAGACAAAUUUUUUUUGAACUAUUAACGAUUUAGAAUUUUGAAUGUGCUGAAUUGUUUCAUGGGCCAUAAAAGGGUCUUAUAAUCCCUAUCUCCCGUAGUCUGUUUCUGUUCUCUCUUAUACUAAUUUUAAUUAAUAGAAUCUUCCUUAUUUACAAUUAAAAUAUGCGCUAAUAGAUUGGCUUGUGCAAUAUCUUGAAUGAUUGCGAUACUCAUGCCUCCAUCAUUUUUCCUUGACAUAUCUUUUUUUUUUUAUUAUUAUUAUUUUUUUUUUAUUAUUAUGGGUUUUUUACCUAACCAAAUACAUUUAGUAAAUGAUGAUUGAAUUAAUUCUAACCAGCUAUCAGGAACCUUUAUAGGGAUCAUUCUCAUAAUAUACAAAAAUUUCGGUAUAAUAUAUGCUUUAAAUGUGUUUAUCUUCCCUGACCAAGAAAUUUACAGAGUUUUCCAUUUUUUAAAAUUAAUAUUAGUUUAUUUUACGGUAAAAUAUUAAUUUCCAUCCAUUUCUUUGGAUUUUUUGAGAUUUUUUAUUCGCAAAUAAUUAAAAUAGCUUUUAAAUUGUUUAAAUCCAUAUUUAUGUUCUAUAUUAUCAAUAUUAUUUUGGGAUGUUUUUAGAAAUAGUGCCGAAGAUUUUUCAGCAUUUAUUUUAUAGUUGGAGAAUUUACUAUAAUUUCCAUAACGUGGUCAAUAGAUUCCUCAGCUUUCUGAAUAGUUAUACAUCAGCAGCAUAUUACCUAAUUUUUUGAGUAUUGAUUCCUCCAAACCCUAUUAUAUCCUGAUUGGAUCUUAUGUCUGCUGCCAGGGAUUCAAUCGAUAAAAUAUAUAACGUUAAUAUUGGGCCGUAAAGAGAGUUCUAAUAUUUAAUCUUCCUUUAUUAUGUUUUAUUUAGAAUGUCUUAUUUCCUACUCUGAUAAUUGCCUGCUAGAGCUUGCAGGAGCCUCAGGUCAGUGAUUAACAUUUAAAUAACUUAACAGGAGAUAAGAACUUCUAAACUAAUCACAUUGUGCUAUAAGAUCUGAUUUAAAAAAACAAAAACCAUGUUGGCUAUUCACAACCAAGGAAGAUGGGGAUAAGUGAUUUUACUCCUAAAUUGCAGAGAAUUAAUCUGAGACUACAGGGAAAUAAUCUAUAUACCAAAACUGUUUCAUUAAGCUAAAGUUGUUUUUAAUGUUUAGUAUCCAUUUAAUAUUUGUAUCUGAUUGAACCAACUGCCAUAGUAACCAUGGUUGUUCUUAAAGGCAAUAAACUAUAGUCCUGUAGUCACAGACCUCUGAGACACCAGCCACUAGACUGCAUUCCCCAUUUGAGCACCAGAUGUCUGUAUGUGAGUCUAUUGUAGUUUUAGGUCAGACACACAGAAUCGGGUAUCAUUUUGUAUCAUUUUGUUAGCUGGGCCAAAGCUCUCAGAAGGUGCCAGGUUUGUGAUGACAAAAGGCUAGCAAUGGCAUUAUGUAUCGGAAAGGCUUGUUAAACAAGUAAAGUAAAUGGAAGACGAGCAACUGCAGUGUAUCUACCAACAUCAACUGCAAUCCCAUUAUCGCUCAGCAAAACCGGGCAUCAAAACCGAUUGAACUCCCCUCGGUGCAAAUUAAACGUUACUGUUGUACAUUACCUUUCAGCAGCUACCCUCAGCCGUAGAAACUGUUUUUAAACACAGAUUUAGGUGUUUUUGUUUUUUUAUCAAAGCAUAUGAUAUCAUCCAAAUGGGUUAGUGACCAGUACCAGACACGGACUGUAGUACAAUCAGUUUGUAGGGAAUCUACAGAACACACACACAUAGGCUAGCACUUUAAAUGUGAGGAGGGGGUUAUGCCUUUAAAUUGCACUCACAAGAUCUCCGAAACAAACAUGCAUAUAUCCUGUAUUGGGGAAUCCAACCUCCGGUCUUUUCUGUUUUGUUACAGACGCACUCCGAUAAGGAAAGAGAAAUCUAACAUAAUGUGUGCUGUGUAAAAUGGAAUACCUUUAAAGGAACACUAGUGUUAGGAAUACAAAACUGUAUUCCUAAUAUUACAACUAUAGUGCCUCUGCUACAUCCAUCCUUCAUGACCCAACUGCAAAUAAAGGGUUAAAACACUUAUAUUUUCAGGGCCAAUGUCCCUCAGUGCAGGGUUGGGUUCCUCCUCCGGCGACGUCACAGCGAUUUACGAGCAUUAUGUGCAAACACAGCGAGCACAUUAGGCCUUUCACAUAGGAAUGCAUUAAAUCUGUUUUCCCAUGGGUUUUUGAAGACACUGGACUGGACGAUGCUGGACUGCAAAGCGUGAGCAUUGUUUUAUGAAGUCAAACUGAAGGAAGCACUUCUAGUGGCUGUCUAAUAGACAGCCACAAGAGACAGUCUUAACCCUGCAAUGUAAACACUUCAGUUUCUCUAAACGGCAGUAUUUGCAGCUGCAGCGCUAAGGGGGCGGUGCACCCCAAUAAGAUGAUGUGGACUGGGUGCCUAUGAUGUCCCUUUAAUUAAAAUUGCAUUUCCAAAGAGAAUAUCACCUUAAAUGCAUGGUAAAACAGGAACACAGGAAGCAAUCCCACAGGUCUUCAAUGCUAGUAUCAAGUAUAGGUAUCCCAACGUGUUUUGUCCGCUUAGUGCCAAUUUAUUCAGGGAGUGAAGAUUAAUAUAUUGCUUUGACUCACCCACCCAUUUAAAGCGCUAAUAACUGGUAAUCAACCAAUCGGUGCAUGUCCUGUCUGUCCACAUUACUUUUACCUCGUUCAAGCCUCUCUUUCAAUGCUGCCAUAUUCACACUUGCAUACUGCACAUUUGCAUUCCACCGGCUAACAGAAGGUUGAAACUUGCAUACCAAAGUUCGUUCUCCAUGACUGAGGGCAUAUUUAUAGUCCCAAGCAGCCCAUGCAAUAAAUACAAUAAUUGCUACUUGUAGAAAAGAAAAAAUAACUUUGCUAUUAAUACACUGUAUAACUGCCUUAUCAAGAAUGGGCAACAGUGUUACCCAGGAUGAAAUAUGAAACUGAAGAGAGGGAUAUAUAACAUAUAAAAUCAAUUAUGAAAAACAAAGGUGUUAUAUGGGUAUAACGAGGAAUGAAAAAAUCAUUUUGUUACAUAGCCAUUUGCUCUCAGAGAGACUUCCAGCCCAGAACUGAUAAGAACCACAAGGUCCAAAAGGAUCAGUGAGCACAAACUUGUCAUGGAUUGCAGUUUUGAACUUGUGGAUCUCAUCAGCAUGGUACCGGUUCUGAUCUGGAUGUCUCCGACUCUGAGCAUAUCUCUAGGUACCAAAAUGAUUAUAUACAGUCCACGACUGGUUUCUGGUCACUGAUCCUUUCGGUUUUAAAAUAAAAUGUGUAAAUCAUCCUAAUUUGGGGGGUAACCCCUAAUAUUCAGCAAACAAAGAGAAGGGCAGGAGGAUUCUAAUGUAUCUGCAGGUACCUAAAGGUCCCCUCUGAGCCGAAAGGUGAAACGUGCUUCAGGGGCUCGGGUACUCAAACAGCUGCACUUAAUUACAUGCUGACCGAUUAUACCAGACGGACACUAAGGCUGUUUGAUCCAUGACUGCCACCCGCUUAUACUGAACUAGCUACAUUAUCAGUUCCAUUGCUUGUUACGAUUCAUACGGGGAUCCGUUGGGGCGGAUUUUGCUUACAAGGACACACAGGGACAGCUUUUGUUCAGGGAUGCCCUCGAAGGCACAACAGGACAAUUAUACUAUUAGGUUUAUUGGUCUAAACACUACCCUGUUUUACACUUUUGUAGCCAUUCCUAAAGGCAUUAGAUGAUACAGAUUUCGAUCUAUGUAACUGUUAUACUAGGAUUAGCAACUGUCUUGCCUGUAACACACAAUACAUUGCAUGGAUCCUACUACAGCCUGAGUGUGACUGAGAGCUUUGAGUGGUUAGAUCAAUAUUCCCGUGAUCUAGAAUAUACCUCUAUAAUAUAUAAUCAUAUGGGGUGUUAGUUGUUCACCUAUAAAAUACUACCUCAUGUAUUAGUUUGUCAUAUGAAUACCUGUACUCCAUAUACUCUGAUACUAUUUAGUUGACUAACACCACAUGUUUUCUGUUGAUUUAUUUAUUUUAUUUCAUUGGUUUUCAGGCGAUGCCUUCCCUUAGAAUUGAAACAGGGGAGUAGUCCCACCUUUUUAUUAAUACUAGCAUUAAAAGUUAAGUUUUAGUUAUAUACUCUUUCAGUCUCUAGUUAUCUAUAGCAAUUUACGUUCCACUUUUACUUAGGUAAAGAUAUUAGACAUAAACCGAUCUUCACUAUUCCACCUGCAGAUACAUCGGAAUCCUCCUGCCCUUCUCUUUGUUUGCUAAAAUAAAGUUAUGUUUUAAAACCAGGUCCAUUACUAAGAGUAGAAAUGCAGUUUGAAGCACGAUGCCCGUCUGUGCAAAAAUAAAGUGCUUCGAUCCUCCUUUUCCUACAGAGCACCGCAAUUAUGGAAUAACCUCAGGGACACAGUCAGAUCUUCAUUCAAUCUAAAAUCUUUUAAGAGAUCUAUGGCAAUAUACCUCAAUACAGGAUGCACCUGUCAUGGUUAAACAUAUGUAUUACCUGUUAUUUAUUAAAUUUAUAUAUAUAUAUAUAUAUAUAUAGUGUGUGUGUGUGUGUGUGUGUAUAUAUAAUAUAGUUUGUAUGUUGGAUUUUUGUAAUAUUGUAUCCUAUUGUAACAAUGCAGUGUUUGUGGACCCAGGACAUACUUGAAAAUCUCAAUGUAUCCAUACGUAAGAUAUUUUAUAAAUAAAUGUCGAGUUUCUGUCUCCAAGAAGGACUUCUUUAAAUCCAUCUUGAGCUGUGUAGGUAAUGCAUAACCGUAAUUUGUGUAUUUGCAAAAUGAAGCAAACUGAGAGCCAAGGCAGCUGGCCAUCUUGGAUAAAUUGCGAUGGUCCAGACAGAUGGUAUUUCUGUUUGUAAAGGACUGUACAAAGCGUUGGAGGACAGCAAUCCCAUUACCAGUUUAUGCCAUACUUUUUACAUAAUAGAAAAUAAUGGCUAAUUUUAGUUACAUUGACACAAUGUGUUGCUUGUCCAUUUAACAGUUUUCCAGCAUAGAGCAGGGGCCCUCACGGAUGCAAACCUUACUUUUAUCUUCUUUGUUUUUUACAUUCCUGCACUUCCCAUCUAGCUAACUAUAUUUUCAGAGUCUGCUUUCACAGAGUAAAAUUAAACUAAACCCAAGCAAUUAUGUUGUUUGCACAACUAUAAGAAGUUACAUUUUUAUGAAAUUUGUAACAAAUCACACAUUUUAGGCCGUGCUUGGAAACUGCAGACCAGCGAGAUACUUUAUAUUUGCAUUUAUAAGUUAAAUUCCAUUUUGCAGCUGGUUUGUCGCACCUUGAGUUGUUAUUUUAAUUAAUUUAGUUUUUAAUAUGUUUCAGAUUCCACGCUAUCCUUUCCAGACACUGUAUCAUCACAUUCCUCGCUGUUCAGCAGAAAAACCCUUCCUAAGGCUCUGGAAAUGUUGAAAUCUGCAAAUGAAACAUUGGUCCAUUCAAGCAUUUCUUUAUUGGGGACGGAUUCAUUUUAAUCUGUUUGUUCUGAUUUCAGAAAUUGAUUACAUUAAUAGUGUAAUACAGCAAACUUGGUUUUGAUAAAUCUAUAUUGAUUAUUCUAGCUCCAGAGACUUUCUAUGUGGACACAUGCGGAUGAUCAAUGUGGUGGGUUCAGAUUCCUGCUGUGUCAGUAAUAGAUUUGCCUUGUUCUAGGAGCCAUCUGAAGACCGUAGAAGCCAGAAACCUUUUGCUACAUGGCUCUCAAACUGCUCCUAUAUGUUGCCCACAUUCCUGUGGGCAACACACAUUGCACAGCAUACCCAACAUGUUCUCACGCCUACAACCACAUACAGCGGCUAUGUGACACCCAUGCACAAACAGUUCAUAUUGGCACCCGAGACAAACUCAUUAUAAAUACCAUUUGUGCCUAGAGACAAAUUGCCUUGCUGCUGUUUGGACAGUCUGUAGUAUUCUUUAAACCUCGGUACAUGGUUUUUAUUGGUUCAUUCAAAGCCAACGGAGUAUGUUUGCAUCAAGAAUGCAGUUUAUUAAAAGCAGAUAUGAAAAAUGACAGAAGAAGAUAUUGAUCUUCCAAAAGGAUGUUUGUCUUUCAGAUUUCUCGAAUUUCCUUCUACCAUUGUCCCAACCAUUGUCCACAUCUCCCAUGAAACAAGAAUUCACCAUACAAGUGUUCUGUAGUGUAGCCAAAAAUAUUCUGCGUAUAUUUGUGUACAUAAAAUAAAUAUGUUUUUUAUUGUACCUGAUGUGUUUGUCGUAUAUCGGUUUACAAACUGGGAUUAAAGCACUUGCAUAAACUCUGCCAUGAAGAAAAACUGAAUUAUAACUUAAAUACAUGUUGGAAAAUUUACUAAAUUUGAGAAUCCAGAGCUGAAUGAAAAUUGUGUUUCCAAACGCCAUAACCACUACAACUCACAGUAGGGGUUAUGGUGCCAGUUUAUUUACAACUUAACUGGAGUCUGCUGAGCACCAGUCACCUCUUUUGCAGCCCUGAGCUAUGUCCGGCAGUGCUGGGCUAUCACAUUGGCAUAGAGUGCUUAUCUGGCACUCUUCAUCCGUGAGCUGGCACUGCAGGAGAGCUAAUGGAGGCCACUAGGAGGAGAUGCUGGCUCCAGAAAAGACUGUGCAUGCACAGCUGUCCCCAUUUAACUACUUAUCCCAAGGUAACUUAAACCACAAGCAAAAUUUUGAAAAUCUGAUGGAAUCGUCAGACAAGUGGCUCCCGUUUGACUGUACUAUGCGAUACUAAGCCACACAUAAAGCCUGCGUUGGGUAUUCAAGCUGUUAGAACAGGGAGUCGAUGAACAUGCCAGUACCAGCAAGAUGUUUUUGUAUCUUUAAUAAACCAUCUUAAUUGAUCAUUAAAGGUAAUAACGUAGAACGUUGGAUAUAUCUUGUAACGUUGUUGAUUAUUUAAAGCCUCUGAUUCUCCAGGGAGUAAAACAUUGUGUAAAAUAAAUAUAAUAGAGCUCUUGUUUUAAGUUUCCCUUCAUGCCAAGAAUAGAUCGGUCACAGUGAUUAGGCUUUCAUUUAAAAGGACAUGUGCUUGCAGUUGAGACCCUCGUGGGUUUUAAAUAAGGAGAAUGAGCUUCUCUACCGGAAAAUCGAACUAUACAUGGCACGUAGCAGACUAUACAGAGGAACCUCCGCUUAUUAUACUUGUGGGAAUAUUUGCUAAAUUCAGUUUUAAGGUUUAGGCAGACAUGAAAAUCUCUGGCUAUUUUUGUAUAAAUAGUGCAAUGUCCUUCUCGCUUUCUUUGGUUCCUGGUUAAUAAAUAUUGAGGGGUGUAAACCAGCCCUGGACCACAAACUGUUGCUGUACCCCCAGCAAUCUUUCAAUGGGAAUGUUAAGUUUAAUUGUUCGGGAUUUAAAAAAAAUAAUUGACUUAAUUUGCCUAAACUUUGAAAUUCGCUCUAACUUGUAGACAAUUCACCAAUUAGUGAAUAACAGUAAAUGUUCUUAAGAAAAGAAGAUUCAAAGUAAACCUAUAUACUUUCGUUUAUGUUACAGGCAAAGUGGAAUCGGGAAAUGUUAUACAAUGUCUGAAAAACACCUGCGAAUGCGUCCAGACAAAGUUUAAAAUACAAUUGGAAAAUAUUAAAAAGCUUUGGUUUAUUUUUAGGAUUGCAAAAAGUUCAGGGGAUUUUUACCUUGGUGAUUCGCUAAAAUGUACUCAAAAGGGUUACCAUAACCACUUCAAAUGAGUGACUUGUAGAACUCAUGUGCAGUGUUUCACUAUGAAACGGACAUACAGAGUUUAACCCCUUUGCUGCCGUAGGUUUAAUUAAUGAAUUCACUUCAUUAGCUAGCCCAGAAAAAGAACUGCAGCCGGCCGAUAUCAAUUCUGUGAAUAUUGGAUGCCUGAUGCCGUAACAAACGUCACAUUGCGGCAGAGCUUCCCCUCACCCCGUCCUCCUCAUUCAUCCUUCCUGCUCUGCACAGGAAUGGAACAUGAGUUUUGGCUUUAUUUUCUGGGAUAGGAAGGAUUACUCUAACCACAAACAGUGUUUUCUUAAACACUCUUAUUUGACGUUAGUAAAACCCUUUACCGUAGAUACUUGCUACAACAUGGAACCUGACUACAUGAAUUAUACCAAGAUCAUAUAUUUAACUACCGUAGGAAUUAAUAAAGGAAUUAUGGUACAUUUUUAGGCCAAAAUAAUCUUAUAUGAAAAAUUCUCAUUCAUAAGUUCCUGACAUGUUCAACCAAUCUAUGCCAUCUACAUUUGGACAAACGUGAUACUGCUAAUACAGAAUGGUGUAAUGGAGAGUGAGAGGCCAGGCCACAGGGGCUGGGGGACAUAUAAAGGGUUAUUAAACAAAAUUAAUUUUAAAAAUUUAAGGUCUAGAUUGCCAAAUCUCAGACUAUUCUGGCCUUAAAUCUGAAACUCCAUUUGGAUUCUCCAUUUAGAAAAUAACCCUGGAAAAUUGUACCAAAUCACUCGAAAGCAGUUUAACACAGAACAAGGGAACAGAUGUACCAUAGCUACUACUAUAACCACUAUUGUGGGAUGCAGUGGUUAUGGUACGUAGUGUCCCUUUAAUAAAAUAACUGUAUAAAAUAACCCUGUAUUUGGUUAAAGGGACAUUGCCUGUAACAUAUAUCUAAAUUGAAGCAAAUUAAAUGUUUCUAGAUUAGAAUUUCCAACUAGCUUCCGGAAGGACUUGUUCUAUGCACGUCUUUGUGAGCACUUCCUGUGCAGGAGGCGGGAAGUUGAGUGCACUAAACUAAUAAAAUAUCAAGUCACAAACCUUGUGUUCUGUCGAAUAUGGAAAAAUACAUAUAUUUUAAGAGUUAACAUGUCUGCAGGCCCCCAGACAUUAGAAUUGAUCUCCGCCAUGUCUAGUAUGGUGCAUUGUUAAAGUUUCUACUCAAGGAAUAUUGCUACGAGCCCAAAAGUGCAGACUGGUUUAUAACAUUGGUAAAUGAUCGAUGUGGUUGGUUUUUUAUUGUUUAUAUGUGUAAAGGAAAUCAGUCCCCUAGCGGGAGGCAGAGUUACAGUUUCCCUGUCAUUAUCCAGACAACGCAUUUCCCAUGGUAUUUCUUUAGUAUAGACUUUUACAAUUGGAAAUCCCCAUGCAAUCGUGGAGUUUCAGGCUAAUCUUCCCCUCCCCAAAGGUUUCAUUCUCACCAAUUACAGCGCAUCUUCAGGUUACCAUAUAUAUUAUAUUCAUAAAAAUAUAGAUCUAAAAAAAGGAUCAAAGUAUCCCUUCCGGUAAUAGGCAGUACAACUGCCCACCCAAUAAAUCAUUGGCCUUUCUGAUAUGCAGUGUUGCCACAGUCUUUCAAAUUUCAACUGGAAUAAAAAAAAGAAAAUAUUUGGUGCAAUGAGAAUUUGCUCCUUGAUUUUACUGUGUCACUGUAUACUCUUUGUAGUAACACGUCGAUGUCCUUAGAAAUCAGACUUACAAAAGCAUAUUUCUUUGUGUGUAUUUGGGUUAGGAAAAAAGAUAUUAUAUAUUUAUAUAACAUUUUUUUACCUUGUUAUCUUUUUGUUCUGUUUUGUCUUUGAAAAUAAUGCAUGGAUGUAUGUUUCGUAAAGUUCUCCUAAUUCCGGUGAGUGUGUGCAGCAUCUAGUGAUGUGUUAGACACACUGAUAGCACUCGAGAUGAAAGGUGCAGUGGGCAAUGUGCGGGCCGUAUUUGGAAGGUAAAUACUAGCCAACUGUUAAAAAAUAUAACUAGAAUUUUUACAAAUGUGUGUGUGUUUGUGUGUUUCCAACUUUGUUGUCAAUAUUCAUAUAUAGAUAUAUUUUUCUGUUUUUAAUCCAAACGUAAUGAAAUAUAUUGCACUUUUUGAAUUCCUCCUAACUACACAGUGGGUAGAUUAUUAUUAUAACAAACUAUCCCUAAGCAAGCACUUCUCUCUCGACUUCAGACUGUCCUGUUCCAUUGAGAAGAUGUCCUCAGUCCAGCAGUCCCUCGCAUUAAGUGGCAUUCAAUGUCUGUUGGAUUUCUAUGCCCACAGUCUACAUUCUGGAUGAAGAUAUACAUUCCAUGUACUUCUUGUAUUACCCUCCAUAGUCCUGUGUCUACACGAUCUGCUGGUAUCACACGUGGUGCUUUCGGCCCUGUGUCCUCUUGUCGUGGUUUUAGGACAGUGAAUGUCAAUGCUUGUUUCAGAAGGAGACAAUCUGUCUCAAGAAGCGAGUGCUGUAGAGUCAGAGGAUGUCAAGCAGAUACGUUUAAAAGGCAACUCCAGAAAAAAAUAAUGAAAGUUUUUUUGUUUUUUUUCUUAAUAUGUGUAGUCUAUGAAGUUUUUUUUUCCUUUUCUAGUGUAACUAGAAAAUCUAGAGUAGAUCGAUUAUAAAGUUCUGAAGUAGGACAUCUGUGCCUGAGGUGUCAGUCUGCAUUGACGUUAUUUUUGUCUUUCAUCUUGAUGACUUUUGCUGGUGGAGUCGACCAGCUAUCAAGAGUUGUCCACAACUUGAUGUGGGAGAGUUACCGAUGAGCCAUUAAUGAAUGAGCCUUGCUUGUCC